GUCGCUCAAAUGCUAAGCGGUGAACAAUUUUAACUGAACAAGCUAGCCUUUGGAGUAAUUUUUAAAAGGGUAAAAAUGGACGUGGAGAAUCUCGAGUUGGAAGGAAUAAUAGCUUUCGAUGGUGUGAGCCGAAAGGGCCUUCAGCUUCACCCUGACAAUGAGCACCUGAUCUACGCAAUGGGCAACAAGGUGACAAUAAAAAAUAUGGCCUCUGGAAAGCAGAAGUUUCUCACCGGUCACACAAACGUCAUAUCCGCAGUCUGCGUCUCACCUUGUGGAAAUUAUGUUGGGUCUGGACAGAUAAAUCACGUUGGCUUCAAGGCGAUGGUGAUCGUCUGGAAUUACAAAGACUUAUCGAUAAAGGGAAGCCACGAAAUACACAAAGCUCGCGUAGAGGACGUCUGCUUCACCUGUGAAAGCGGCUUUCUUAUCAGUCUGGGGGGACGAGACGACGGUAACGUUGUUGUCUGGGACAUAAGCCAGGGCGACGCGAUUUGCGGGUCGUACGCGAGCAACGAAAUUGCUGGUGACGCAUGGACGAUAACAAGAAUGAACCUACGCGACUUGUGCUUUAUAACAGGCGGCGACAGAACGCUGAAGGUCUGGAGAAUAUACCGAGAGUCUCGAAAGGUCUACGGAGUUAACGUGAAAGUAGGAAAAUUGCGGAGGUCCGUCAACUGCAUUGUUGUCGAUCCUAGGGACGAGAAUGCUUACUGUGGAACAACUUCGGGGGAUCUGAUCAGAGCGAGGCUAAACUUCUAUCAUAAUAUGGAGUUCAUGGAGCCAGUGAAAACCCCAGUGAUGGUUGGCUGCUACUCAAAAGUCCCUAAGAAUAUAAAAAAAACAAAUACUGAGGCGAUAUUGUACGCGGGAGGCAUCACUGGUUUGACCUUGCUUGGCAAUGAGAGACUGGCGGUUGGAGCAGGAGAUGGAACAGUGGAAUUGGUCAAGAUAUUGGAAAGCGAACCAGUGCCAAAUUUUGGAGAGGCCAAAUUAAAAUUACCGACAACCGCGCAGAUUCUGACUCUGGCUAAAACAAACGUGAAGAAUACAGUCACUUCUAUGGUGCUUUUCAAGCAAGAAUAUUUAUUUGUCGGUACGGUGUUCUGCGAAAUAUAUCAAAUAAAACUGGAGGACUUUGAUAUACGGUUGCUUGUUACCUGCCACACGAAUUCUAUCUACGACAUUGCAUUUCCACACAAUUAUUCGGAGGUAUUCGCCACGAGUAGCAAGGACGACGUCAGAGUAUGGAGGCUGGAGACGCAGAGCGAAUUGCUCCGGAUUACAGUACCUAAUUUUGUUUGUUCGAGCAUAUGUUUCUCCUACGAUGGAAGGAUGAUUAUUUCCGGAUGGAACGACGGGCUUAUUCGAGCAUUUACACCUCAAACUGGAAGACUGAUUUUUACAAUCCACAAUUCUCAUGUUAAAGCUGUUUCUGCCGUUGUCAUUACUUACGACGGUACUUUGCUGAUCAGUGGGGGUUGCGACGGACAGGUGAGAUUUUGGGAUGUGAAACCUGAGGUACAGAAGUUGGCCUGCGUUUUGAAAGAGCACAAGGGGCCUGUGACAUCGCUACACAUCGCUAGCAAUGACGAGGAAGUAAUAAGUGCAAGUAGCGACGGUACUUGUAUAAUAUGGGAUAUAGUACGACGUGUGAGGCGAACAGUCCUAAUGGGAAACACAAUGUACAUGGCAGCUUGCUUCAGCCCAAACGCAGUUCAAGUCUUAACCUGUGGAACAGACAGGAAAAUAGCCUACUGGGAAACUCUGGAUGGUUCACUGGUCCGCGAUAUAGAAGGAUCAAGCGUCGGAGCAUUGAAUUGUCUGAACAUAAGUCCAGACGGUCAGAGUUUUAUAACCGGUUCAAACGACUGCAUUGUCAAACUGUGGGAUUAUCAUACGGCUGAGACGAGCCACAUAGGAGUUGGUCACGCGGCAAUAAUCACUGCGUGCAAAUUUAGUCCGGACAGCAAACGCAUAGUGACCGUUAGCGCCGACGGCGCCAUUAUGGUCUGGAAAUGUCCUAUUGAACCAGUCUUCGAAAAACCUCCAGAGAGCUACCGGUCUAGGUCGACUUGUAGCAUUCGCGAAGAUGAAUGGAAUAAAUUGAGUAUCAACGGAUCGAAUGACGGGGGUGAAAAUGUUAUGGAGACAUCUGCUAGGAGCAAGGAUUUGGAGAGCGUCAAGAGCGUUCACUCAGGACUAAAGGAGUCUACAUCUUGCACAUGCGACCCUGCGAAACCAACUCGACAAACCUGCGAGUGGAAACAAGGAGACGUAAAAGUUCCGGUCAAUGAACAUGGGAUAAAUGCUGGAUCAUCAUCAAAGCUUACCAGGCCUAGUUCGUCGACAACAAACAAGUCUGGUAGCAGAAGUGGUUCUAAUACUCAUAUGGCAGAACGAUCACAGAGCACCGAUAAGAAUAAAAUGAACGGAAAAUCACGCUCUAUUCCCAUGAAGAAUAGACAGCCAUCAGUUGGAACUGAGAAUCGUGUGAAUUCAAAUAGGCAUGAAAAAUCGUCAAUAAUUAGCUGUUACCAAUCGGUAAAGACUUCGUCUCCGAAAGAAGCUGAUGGCAAGAAGAAAAAUUGUGACCCUUCUAUCGAUCGGCAACAAAAGCCGCAAAUACGAUCAAAUAUUUGUGCCUACAAUACUUGCUCUGGGAAAUAA